CGCGCGGCGCGAGCCGAAGAGCGAGAAAGACGAGAAGAGUCAGGCCGAGGGACAAAAACAAGUUCAGCUUGAAAACACCCCCAGAUAAGACGUAGGCGGACAUUUAGACUUGAGUACCUAUCGAUUGGUGUUCGGAUGUCGUCCGUGUGUGGAGCAGAAAGAAGAAGAAAAGGAGGAGAAACAUGAGUCGGCACCAGGCUUCACAGGGAGUGGUUUUAACGGGUUACCACAGCAACGCCGAACUGUUACAGCAGACGGGACUGUGUUCGUCCAGCUGUCCGUCAGGAGCAGACCGGGAGAGCGACCUGCUCAGCAGAAAAACGGGCCACUACUCCCUUCAUCAGAACCCAAAUGUGCAAGAAGAUAAAUAUGAACAGUCUACUGGCACAAAUAGUGCAAACCCCAGCAGCGCUAACGGACCGUCGCUCCUCCGUUCAAGUUCUGCUGUUUGCUCCAACCCCCAUCCUUCCUCCAGUCCCAGGCACAGUCCUGAUACCAGAACCAGACACAAGCCCUCUUGUCAGCGCAGCGGUUCUCAGGACUCGCUGGACGAGCUGGAGAUGGAUGACUACUGGAAGGAAGUGGAGAAUAUCACCAGUUCAGACGGAGGAGGUGGAGGAGGGAGGGGAGAAGGAGAAGCUCAAGAGGAGGAGCAGCAGAAAGUUCCUGAAGAAGGAGAGCAGGAGGAAGCAUGGCUUGCAGAGGCGGGGCUAACACGACUGUUUGAUGAUUCAUCAGCAGCUGAUGACCAGGAUCAGGAAGAAGACAGCGCAGUGUUCCUGUCCACCCUCACCAGAACCCAAGCCGCAGCGGUAGAACGCCGAGUGGCAUCGCUGCAUCAGACGUUGCUACGGCGACGCAACCGCCAACACCUUCCUGAUGUUCGGGAUAUAUUCAGACCUCCUGAAAAGGAUGAAGAUCCUCAGAAACUCGCAGGAGGAAGUGAGAACAGGCCAAAGGACGCAUCAACCGCUGAAACUGAGACGGAACUGAACGCUGAAGUGGCUUUUUCAGAGCAGGCGCUCUCUUACUGGGACAAUCAUCAAAGGUUAAAGGUCACCACCAGCCUUAAUGCCUCUGACGACAAACUACCAAACUUUAAGCUGCUUCGGGAUAAAACGGGUCAGACCAGAAUUGGAGAUCUGUCUCCUUUGGAUAUGAAAAAGGUGCAAAGGCUCGUGCUGGUGGAGGUGACUGCUCUGUUUGACACUGCUGGGAUAGACCUUAAAGCGCAUAAAGCUGUGAAAGUAAAAGCUAAAGAAAGCGGUUUGUUCGGCGUUCCUCUCAAUACUUUAUUGGAACAAGACCAAAAGCGGGUUCCUGGGACCAAAGUGCCAUUCAUCCUGCAGAGGCUUAUGAGGUACAUUGAGGAGGAAGGCUUAGACACUGAGGGGUUGCUACGGAUACCUGGAGCAGCUACUAGAGUCAAGUCACUGUGCCAGGAGCUCGAGUCCGCCUUCUACGAUGGGACGUUUCCAUGGAAACAGUUGAAACAGCAUGAUGCUGCUAGCCUUUUGAAGCUGUUAAUCAGGGAACUGCCCCACCCCCUACUGACCGUGGAGCAUCUUAACGCUUUCAUUGCUGUCAACAAAUUCCCCACAAAGAAGCAGCAGCUGCACGCUCUGAACCUGCUGGUCCUCUUGUUACCUGAGACCAAUCGGGAUACUCUGAAGGCUCUAGUGGAGUUUUUCCAACGUGUGAUUGAUCAUCAAGCCAAAAACAAGAUGACUUUGAACAACGUCUCUGUCGUCAUGGCACCCAACAUCUUCAUGUUCAAAGGUUUUCGGUCCAAGGUUACGGAGCAGCAGGAGUUCUACAUGGCAACCAAUACGGCCAACAUUGUGCGGCUGCUGAUCAGAUACCAAGAUCUUCUUUGGACUAUCCCAAAGUUUAUUCUGAACCAAGUCAGACGACAAAACAUGGAAAGUCAACGAAAGUUGAAUAAAGAGAAGGCUGUUCGGAAGCUGCUCAAGAAAAUAACCACCGACAGACCGCAUGAAAAAACAAUCCCCGAGGAGAACUCGCAGGGGUUCAUUCGAGUUCAAGCUCCCCAGUUCAGUAAAGUUUCCAUGGCCGUUCAGCUGACUGAAGACUUACAAGCUGCUGAUGUGUUAAACCGCUUCCUCAGCCAGGACAGUUUGGUGGCAGUGAAAAAGGAAGAUUUGUGUCUUUAUGAGAUCGGUGGAAACAUCAAGGAGAGGUGUCUCGAUGGGGAAACGUUCAUGAAAGACCUUUGCCAGCUGAACCCCGCAGCCGAGUGGGUCAUCAAAACCGUGCAGCGAUGAAAUGCAUCGCUGGAUCCAUUUCUUCAUUGUGUCCUGCUGAAACAACGCUGGUUCGCUGUAGUUGCUGCUCAGCCUGGAUGCAUUCGGACCAGCGAACACGAAGCAAAGGAUCAGUUUAAGACCUUAUUAAAUAUGUAACCAAAAUAUAAGAUCUACAUUUUGCCUAUAAGCUGCCUUUAUGCUGCUGAAUCAUAAUUUGGACAUCAUGAACCUCUUUCCUAAAGAACAGCACAGCUCUCUGUUUAGUUUAAACCACUUUUUUUUUUAUUUUAAAAUAUAAGUCUACUGGUGGAUGUUUCCUCCCAUUCCCAAACUGUGAUUAAUAGAUUUUUGUUUUGGUAACAUGUUUGCAUUGAACAGAAAAAAAUAAAAGUGUGCAAUAACUUUUUAGCAAGACAAAGACUAGCGAGGGCGUACGAUGACAUCAGUGGUUCAGGUAUGUGUGCUGUACUGUAUACCAGAGCUUUCAGAAACCGUAGAUGUUUGAGUGUGAUGAUGUGGGAAUUUAUGUGUGAAUACCACUAAAUUAAUGCAAAGGAACCACACGUGUACACUUGUACUCUUAUACUGUUGUAUCUUGUUGGUUUUCAUUUAAAAUAAAUCAAAAGAAUUGUUUGUUUGUUUUUUAACCAAAGAUUUGAUUAUUUUAAUUAAGUCAGACUGUUAAGUGCACAUUUUAAUGUGACAUACUGCUGAGUUGUUUUUUAAGGCCUUGUGAAAUGAUGCAUUCAUUCAUUUUGUGUCCAAAAUUUGUCAAAAUCUUUGUUUAACCUUGCCAGUGAUGUCCCGUUGCUUUUAGCUAGCAGUAGAAUAUUUACAUUUGCUCAUCUGUUCAACAAACCUGACUAAAUCUCAACAGCCUGUCGAGGAUCAAGUCUUUAAAAGUCUUUUCUGGUCAUGAAAACUGUGGAAUUAUUUGUAAUAUUCAAACAUUGGCACUCCUUUUCUAUGUUUGUUUACUUAAUUUGGUUUUAUUUUUUUCAAUAAUUCACGUCUUUGUCUUGCUGUCUCUAAAAUGACCACUAAGACUGUAUGUAAAUAAACAUUCAGUUAUUAAUUAUAA